AUGGAAGUGGGAACAACGCUUUCUGCCGUGCAAACACUGUUAGCAAACCUGCAAUUACCACAGCUUAAUGAGAUCAUCAAUGAGUUUCAACUUGGUGAUCUCCAACACAUAUUAUCUUCCAUCAUUGCUGUUCUCCGUGAUGCUGAGACUAAGUACGAGCACUCCCACGGAGCACAAGUUUGGCUCAAGGAGCUCAAAACUAUUGUCUCUGAAGCAAGUGAUCUGUUCGAUAAGUUUGACGCUCUCGCUGAGCAGAAGCAGCUCCUAAAAGCUAAUAAAAAACGGUUUCGAUUUUUACAGGCUUACACCCCUCGUAUUGGUUACAAGGAAAUGUAUCAAGAGGCUAAGGAAAUUAAGAAAAAGUUUGAAGAUAGUUGUAAACAUUGUCAAUUAUUAUUUCAGCCUAACCAUCAGCCUGUCAAGCAGAGAAAGGUUAAAACCUGCUCUUAUGUGGAGGCAGUCAAUAUCGUUGGAAGAGAGGAUGACUUGGAGAAGGUCGUAGGAAUAUUGCUUGAUUCUGAUGUACAACAUGAUGUUUCUUUUCUGAGUAUUGUGGGAAUGGGAGGGAUGGGUAAAACUGCUCUUGCUCAACUUGUAUACAACCAUCCAAGAAUAAUGAGUGCAUUUUCAUUGAGGUUGUGGACUUGUAUCUCUGAUCAAGAUCAGAAAGAACUAGAUGUAAAAGAAAUACUUGGUAAGAUUAUGGGUCGAAAUAAUGAGAAUUACACUACGGAGUGGGUUCAACACCAACUUCGCCAGCAACUAUCAGGCAAUAAAUACUUGCUUGUCUUGGAUGAUGAAUGGACGGAAAAGCAUCAUCAGUGGCAUGCUUUAGUGGCAUUCUUGAAAGGAGGUCAAAGGGGAAGUUGGGUUGUGGUGACUACGCGUUCACAAGAGACGGCCAGAGUUAUAGGAGAUGGUCCAACGUACAAGCUCCAAAGAUUAUCAGAAGAGAGCUCUUGGCAUUUGUUUGAAAGGAUGGCUUUUGGAUCAGAUCAGUCAACCUCCCCUCCAGAUGAAUUGGUUAAGAUUGGGAGAGAAAUUGUUCAUAUAUGUGAUCAAGUCCCUCUUGCUAUUAGAGAAGUGGGUAGUCUUCUACAUGGUCUUAAACCGGAGUGA